AUGAUGAGCCUUUCAAUCAAUCGUGCAGCCAUGCGUGCUGCUGCACCUGCCCGUCAAUACGCAAUCGCUUCUCAAAGCGUUCGUUUUGCCUCCACUAAAACACUCAAGGAUGCCGUUGCAGAAGUUGUUCCCGCUAAACGUGAACAAUUGAAGAAACUUAAAGCUGAUUACAAUGAUGCAAACUUGGGUCAAAUCAAAUUGGAAAACUUGUUGGGUGGUAUGCGUGGUUUAAAGGUUAUGCUAUGGGAAGGUUCCGUUUUGGACUCUGAACGUGGUAUCGCUUUCCACGGAAAAUCUAUCCCAGAUUGUGAAAAGGUUUUGCCAACUGCUCAAGAUAUUGGUUUGUCCGGAAAAGAGAUGCUUCCUGAAUCCAUGCUUUGGCUCUUGUUGACCGGUCAAGUUCCAAGCAAGGAAGAAGUCAAGCAAUUGUCUGCUGAAUUGGCCUCAAAAGGUAAAUUGCCAAGCUACGCUGAAAAGAUCAUCGACAGCUUCCCAAAAACCAUGCACCCAAUGACACAAUUCGCAUCUGCCGUCGCUUCUCUUAACCACGACAGCAAGUUUGCUGAAGCAUACAAGCAAGGUGUCCGUAAAACUGAAUACUGGCAACCAACUUUGGAAGAUUCGAUUGAUCUGAUCGCCAAAUUGCCCGCUAUCGCUGCUCGUAUCUACCACAACGUCUUCGGCCGUGGGGACGGUGUUCAAAAGAUUGACUCAAACUUGGACUUGAUCGGUAACUACUCUCAAAUGAUCGGUUACGGCGACAAUGAAGGUAUGAUCGACUACUUGCGUUUGUACAUUGCCAUCCACGGUGACCACGAAGGUGGAAACGUAUCCGCACACACUGCUCACUUGGUCGGAAGUGCAUUGUCUGAUCCUUAUCUGUCUUACUCUGCCGCUUUGUUGGGUUUGGCCGGUCCAUUGCACGGAUUGGCUAACCAAGAAGUUUUGGGUUGGGCUUUGGACAUGCAAAAGAAGGUUGGCGAUAACGCUAGCGAAUCAGAUAUCAAGGAAUUCUUGUGGACCACCUUGAAGAGCGGUCGUGUCGUUCCAGGUUACGGACACGCAGUUUUGCGUAUGCCUGAUCCACGUUUCUCUGCUCUUUCUCGUUUCUGCGAUACACGCCCAGAAUUGAAGAACUCUUCCAUCGUUCAAUUGGUUCAAAAGACAAGCAAGGUUGCCCCUGAAGUGUUGAAAGAACACGGAAAGACCAAGAACCCAUACCCAAACGUUGACGCAGCCAGUGGAUGUGUCUUGUACGAAUACGGAUUGAAGGAAUGGAGCUACUACACCGUUAUCUUUGGUAUCUCUCGUGCUUUGGGUGCUUUGCCUCAAUUGGUCAUGGACCGUGCUCUUGGAUUGCCAAUCGAACGUCCAAAGUCUCUCUCUAUGGACGCUUUGGAGGAAUUAUUGAAGAAAUAA